AUGUUCUUCAUCACAGCUAAAGCUUUGAAGACAUACUCAGCUACAUCAGUAAUCCUCCUCUUAACGACAAUGUCUCGUCGAAUCUCGAUAUCAGACUUGCUGACGCCUGCCGCUCUGGAUAUGGAGACAAACACGGCCAAGAGAGAGCUUCGUUCUGAAGAUGCCCCCAGACUUCUAACCCCGCCAGCGGUUGACACGCCGUUGCUAACAGACAGCAUAAACCACCACGCAGACUCUGAGACGUACCAUUCCAACACGACGGGCCAUAACACGGAUGUACGCCAAUUACUACCGCCAGCAAAGCUGAUCUCGACUGGGGAACCUACUUUGGAGGACAUGUUCGCGGUGCAAGCGUUGCAACCAUCCUUCGUGACGAGUUCGAGCAUGGCUCUUCAACAACAGAUGUUCGAUGAUUUCGGCAGUCUAGGUCUUCACGACAACUCGCAUCAGAUGUUGGCUCCUUUUUGCUACAAUUCGUUCAUCGACUUUUCGUUUACAAAACCCUUUUGCAACCACGAGCUCGGUGAUAUUGAUAGCACAGCUAACCAUGAGCCGGUCUUUCUCUCCCCCAGUUGCAGUUAUUACUGGGGAUGUCACCCUGACUAUAUAGGCGACGCGUAUAAUUUACUAGAUGACGGCAGGUCGGGUGGCUAUGUCAUGGAUAGUGUGCACCCCGGAGCCUACCUUACCAGUGAUUUUCUGGCUAGUGCUCCUAUUCACAAUACGCUGGGCGGUUCAUUUCAACCGCAGGCCCAAUCAUAUGACUACGGUAUCGGCGCUCAGUCUGUCACACAGCAGGGUUUUGUAUUUCGAAACGACGACAACUCGGAUAUUGCCGGGGAGGAAAAUGAACCUGCCAUAGUUGCUGUGCCGUCAUUCCUUGGUCAGAUAACAUCAUCGGACUGCUGA